AUGUCGGACGACGCGGAGGACAAGACCUUGUACGUAGGCGGCGAUGAGUGGCCACAGUCUCCGAGGCCCUAUGAUGACAUCGGCUCUCCUACUUAUUUGUUGCUGGAGCCGAACGAGCACAUGCUGUUGCCACCUCCGUCGGUAGUAGUGCCACCGCCGGCCUCCCUGCAGUCUCCAUAUUUGUAUGAAAAUACUACAUAUGACUGGAUCUAUGGAGACCGGCAGAAGCUCAUUUUAGAGAAAGAGUUCUUUGAAAAAGAGGUUAACAACAGAACACUAGGCAGCAGACCUGCAGCUGAAUUACUGAACAAACUAAAACCACCGUACUGGUUUUCAGCUCAUCUCCACUGUAAGUUUCCUGCUAUCAUCCAGCACAGAGAGGAUGGACCUACGACAGUUGUAGACAUUACAUCUGAGCCAGGACUAUAUGAAAUCCAGUAUGAUGAAGAAUGGCUUGCAAUAACACGAAAAUUCAACAAUGUUUUCCCCUUGACUUGGAUGCGAUUUACAAUGCGGUAUGAGCUGCUUCACACUCAGGAUGACCGACAAUGGAUUAGGAGCAAGUUGAGUACUAGAGGGGCUAAGCCUUUUGAUUUUGUCCAGACUGCACCAUCUUUCAAUGCUUCCAAUCCAGUGUCUAAACCCUUCAUAACAGGGGUUCAUAAAAAUGCGUCAAGCUCUCAACCAGGAUACACACUUGAUGAUGAUGAUAUAGAACUACCGCAGGUCUGUCCCUGGGCAAGUGUAAGCUGA